CAGUGAUUUUGUGACAUUAUGCAGCACUAAUAUUUGUAUACGCGUAAAUCGUAGUGAUUUUUUUUAUCUACUUAAUACAAUUGUUUUGUUAAAGUGCUAAUUAGUCAAUAGACAUGUAAAUUUCGUCGUAUAUUUUUUAGUUAACUCAAGUCAAUUUGCUCACUGGAGAGAGAGGAUGUACUUCCCUUUGGGCUGGCCAAAGCGCGUCAGCCUUGCGCUGCCGGGUGAAUCGGCGCACAUUCGUCACAUUUGUUGUGAUGCUGUCAAAAUACUCGUUGCCGCCGUUGGAUCGGAUUUUGUAGGCAUUUGGUAUGCGAAUCCCUUGCUGCCCAUUGCGUACUAUCGUCGCAGUGUCGAAUCUCUGCAGCAAUACGGUGGCAAUCAUUUGAUUAUAUGGAAACCCGACUCCAGGCAGCUGGCAGUGUUAACGGACACCGGCUCAUUGCUGCUGUAUCAACUGGAUUUUGAUGCCAAUGGCAGUGGCAUUUUGAUGCAGGUGGAUCCGCCUGCAAUGAGCCUCAAACGGGAUUCAGCGGAGCUCUUCAUCAAGGAGAAUAUUCCACGUUUGAGCUUGCGCGAAGUGUGUUGCGUUACCUUGGACGCCGUCAUCUCCACAGUGUGUUGCAUCAGUUUAAGUGAGUUGCUUUUGGCGACGGAAACAUGUGAGCUGCUCCGUGUGCAGUGGUCACAGCUGGAAUUGGGGGCAGAGGAACUGCAGCCGUUAGCAGUGAUCAAACUCCGCGACAUUCCAUUCUACGUACAACAACAGCAGCAACAACCCGCUAACUAUUUGCCAGCUAUCGGCAAUGCUGCCUUUGUGGCAUCUCUGGAAUAUUCACCCUUCAUUGGCGGCUGUGCGGCUGUUUUCAGUGAUCAGAGAGCGGCUUUUCUGAUCGCGGAUCAUCUGCGAUUCGAGACCGCGCACAUGCACGGCUGCUGGGUUCCGGAUGUCUCGGAUGCGAGUGUUUGCAGCGUGAAUCACAAGUUUAGACUGCUGGCCUAUGGACAACAGAGCUCUGCAGUGGCUGUCUACGCUAUAGAUGAUGCCUCCGCCGGAUUGGAAUACUCACACAGGCUUAUGUUAACCGAGAAUGUUUUGCCUGGCAGUCUGGGAGCUGUCAAUGAGUUGAAAUGGAGUCCCGAUGGUUGUGUGCUUGCUGUGAGCUGGACAAACGGCGGACUGUCUCUGUGGAGCACCUUUGGAGCUCUGCUAAUGUCUACAUUGAGCUGGGACUUUGGACUGCAUGUUGACUUGCUAAAACAGAAUCCUUUACAGCUGCGCCGCUUGGAAUGGUCCACUGAGGGCUAUCAACUGUUUAUGACGACCCGCGAGGGGGAGAACAAUGUGCUCCAACUGCAGUUUGUGAAGAGUGCUUUGAGCAUGAAUCCCUGCAUGAGUGCACACUCCCACAUUCUACUGCAGGGCGACGAUUGCUUGUACAUUAAUCAGGGCGAUAAUCUGGAGCAGACCUAUGGCAAUACCAAGUGCACGUUUCCCAGCAGCGCUGUAACCAAUAAUGACGACUGCCUCGAGCUGAAACAAACCCCCAACAUGGGCAGCAUCUUGACCGAAAGCAAAUAUUGGACGCUCCUCCAACUGCCCCUCAAUUAUGCGGCAACCAAUUGGCCCAUUCGCUAUGCAGCAAUAGAUGCAGCAGGAUUACAUGUGGCCGUGGCUGGACGCACUGGUCUGGCGCACUAUGCAAUGCUAACCAAGAAGUGGAAGCUCUUCGGAAAUGAGUCACAGGAAAAGGACUUUGUCGUCUCCGGCGGUCUACUCUGGUGGCAGGGCUUCAUUGUGAUGGGCUGCUACUCGCUGCUGGAUCGGACGGAUGAGCUGCGUUGUUAUCCCGCCGAAUGCAAGCUGGAUAACCAGUUUGGACAUAAGCUUCAGGUGCGCGCACCUGUCAUCAGUUUGAAUGUAUUCAGAGAUCAACUGAUUGUCCUCACAGCGGAUGGAAUCGUCAGUUUGUUCCACAUGCAUCGCCAGUCGGCGUACAUCAUAAAUAUCGAGUGCGCCUAUGAGUUGGAUGUAAAGAGCAUAUGCAUCCAUCCCGCUUGCAUUGUGAGUCUAACUGUGACCAAUCUCAGGAACGAGCUGAAGCCACAGCAGCAGCAACAUCAGGCGGAGGCGGAGACAAUUGUGGUGAAUGUCUGUGGACGCAUUUUGAUGAUACAAAGGGAGGAUGCGGCACAGCAGGUGCCCAAUACGCUACUGGCCACCUGCUUGGCCAGCUGUGUGGAAUGCUUUUGGCUCUCCCACAAUCUGGAGCACUGCGCUAUGCGGGAUUGCCUCUGGUUAUACUCUGGCGCUCAUGGCAUGCGCGUCUGGUUGCCAAUUCUUCAGCAACGGGCCGAACAAAGCGGCGCACAGCGUUUGCAUAGCUUCAUGUCUAAGCGGAUUAUGCUGAGCUUCCCUCUCAAACUCUAUCCACUUGUCAUACUCUUUGAUAACGUCAUCGUUUUGGGCGUGGAGAAUGAGAGCACUCUAUAUACGAAUGAGAGCAAUUCACAUUUUGCAUUGCCAUUCGCCUUGAUGGAACGAAAGUCUCAGGUGUAUCUCCAUAAGGUGCUCCGGCAGUUGAUCAAGCGAAACUUGGGCUACUCGGCCUGGGAGAUUGCACAGUCUUGUCGCAGCCUACCAUACUUCCCGCAUGCCUUGGAACUGUUGCUCCACGAGGUCCUUGAGGAGGAGGCCAGCAGCAAGCAGCCCAUACCGGAUGCACAGUUGCCCAGCAUCUUGGAUUUUAUACGUGAAUUCCCUGUAUAUCUGCAGACGAUUGUGCAGUGUGCUCGAAAAACUGAGAUUGCCCUCUGGCCCUAUCUGUUCAGCAUGGCUGGAAAGCCCAAGGAGCUGUUCCAGUUGUGCCUGCAGGCGGAGCAGCUGGAAACGGCAGCCAGCUACUUGAUAAUUAUACAGAAUCUGGAGCCUUCCUCAGUGAGCAAACAGCAUGCGAAUAUGCUGCUGGAUAUUGCAUUGAAUCAACGCAAAUGGGAGUUGGCCAAGGAUCUCAUACGCUUUCUUAAAGCCAUUGAUCCCAAUGAGAUUGAUUCUCCGCGCUGUUCCAUGGUAUUGAAUGUGAAGAUUGCGCCACCUCAACCACAAACUCAAACGCAGGUGAAUCAAAAUGCAGAUGUCUUCAAUUUGGUCCUGGGACCAAUUGCAACGCGGGAGCGCAGCUAUUCCACCACAGUCACCAGCAAUUUACCCAAGGAUAACAAGCAGCAGAGCGUAGCGGCGUCUGUGGAGCGUAGCGAGGCACCCAGCGGUGGCAGCAGCACCGCACCAGCGUCUGUGGUGCGUCGCAAAUCCACCAAGGAACGUCAGCAGCGUGAAAUCUUUUGUAUUGAUCUCAUACUGCAGCGUCAUGCGCGCCAAUUGCUGCAGCACCACAAGCUCCUAGACUUGGGCUAUAUGUGCGCCUAUCUGGACUUCCAUCUGGUGAACUGGCUUACCCAGGAGGCCACUGGCGCUGCCAAGCUCGACAACAUUGCUGCAGCACUCCAAACGCUUCAUGCGGAAUUGCAGCUGCCCAGUCCAUUUCCGCCUGCUGCUGGACGGGAUGACUUUGCCCAGCUGCGUGGAACGCAUCGCCAGACAGCGGCAGCUGGAAGCUCAUCACAGACCUCCGAAUCGGGAUAUUUUAGUCUUGCCCCGCAGCUGGAGUCGCCGCAGUUGCAGCCCUGCAUCAAGGAGGAGGAGGAGCUGCAACUCAGUUCGCUGCCAAUGCUGAAGAACCGUUCCAAUUCACAGUUAUCAUUCGAUAAUUUCCGUUAUCGACGCUUGUACUCAUUGCCUGCCUCGGAGGAUGACAACAGCGAUGUGUUGGCCACGUAUCUAAACGAUAAAUUGGCCAUCAAGUUGCGUUAUCUGCUGCAGCUCUUCAUCGAGGCCAAUUGCACGGACUAUGCCCUGAUGCUGUCCAUUUUGCUGCAGGAUGCGGCUUCCAUAUCGCGCAUUGUAAAUGUGGUUAUACGUAGCGAAUCUGUGGGCGCCUGUAGACGAAUUGAGGCUGCACUGAAGCAGCUGAGUCAAUGCACCUUCGAUAAUGAGGGAUCACUGUACCGUGGCUUUGUGAUGACCUUGCAGCCGCAUAUUUAUCUUCUGGAGCAGUACAUACAGUCGCUGGGCGAGUCGCCAGACCUUGAUAACGGCGAUGAUAACAAUGAGUUGAACGACGAUGCGACGUCAGUGCUGGAAAACGAUGCACUGGAUGGUUCCAACAAUAAUUUUGUGCCAAAAUCCCAGCAACUGCCAAAUGGCAAUCUGAGGACGUCGGAGCAGCGUCUGACUCGUCAUGCCAGCCUCGAAUCUAAAUCAAAAUCGAAUGGCAACCAGGCCAAUCCCUCAUCAACGCAGUCCACGCCCACCCAGCAGUCCCUGCGUCGCGGUAGCCGAGAGGCGGGACGUGAUGGCUGUCGUCUUAUGUAAACACACACAGGCAUUGAUAGAAUUUAUAUACUCAGUGCGUAUACGUAAUAUACUUACAUAUAACACAUAUUUGUAAUCGUGUGUUGUGCAAACUAUUUUUUAUUUGUUGGUUGGUUGGUUGGUGUACAUGUGUACCGUGUAAUUGUUGAAAACUUUGUUAAUUGUAAGCCAAACUCACACAGACACACAACGAAAGCGUGAAUUGCCGCGGCAAUUAAUUGUAUUAAUAUACGUAUACGUAAUGUAAUUCAUAACUUAAUAGAUGAAAUUUGCUGCAAUAUUUGUUAAUUAAAAAUUUACAAAUUAUCUACACAUAA